AUGUCUAACAACCGUAAUUUGAAGGAUUUAUUUCCUUCAAAAUAGAAUUAUAUAAAACCUAAAAUUGUAAAUUUAUUGUAUUAAUAUUGUUAGGAACAACCAAGUGAAACAAUAAAAUAAACUCAAAAAUCACCAUUAGGUUUAAGUUAAUUUACAAGUUUUUUUCAAUUAGCUCAUUUAGUAUCAAAAAAUAAAAACAAUUAAUCUUAAUAAAGAAGUAUUACACCUCAAAAAAUAAAAAUUGUUCAAUUAAAUAUGAAAAAAUAAGAUUAAUCAUAAAUCUAAAUACAAUCUAAACAUUUAAGAAAUUAAAGUGCUUCAAAUAUUAAUAGUAGUAGAAGUACUUCCUUUUUUAAAGAAAAACAAGAUUAUUUAAAUUAGAAUACAAUUUCACGUAGCCCUAUUCAAACAUUUUUGAAAUAAGAAUUAAAAUAAUCAAAAUUAUUAAUCAAUUCAUAAUUGCAUCAUUAAUAAUCAUCAAACUUAGAUAUAUAAAGUAAAUAUAAAGAUUAAUCACCUAUGAAACCAGCAUUUUAUGAUAAUUUAGAUAUAAUAAAUAGAUAUACUGGGAGAAAUAAUAAUUCUCAAUCUCCAAAUACAUCAAUUUAAAAAAUAUCUCCUUUUAUUAAUCUUAAAUAAUCUAGUACACAUAAUAUUAAAUAUUCAGACAAUUAAUUUAAAUAAUAAAAUAGUUUAGUCAAAGAAAAUAAACCUGCUGAUAAACCAUAUUAAUUAAUAAAUCAUGAGAUUCCAUAGAUUUAAAUAAAAAAACAAGAAUUUUAAGUACCAAGCUAAUUUAAAUCAAACAAAGGAUUUGAUAAUAUAUUUAACUCUAUGUUAAGUAUUUAACAUUUAUCUCACAUUUCGAAAAAUGAAAGUUCAAAGAGUAUUGUAAAAUAAUAAGAAAAACAUUAAUCAAGUGAUGAAGAAGAGGAAACUUUAAUUGUAGAUUGCAAUAUACAAAUCAAUAAAUAUAGUUUUUAAUUUCAUUAUGUAAUUGGCAAAGGUGGUUUUGGAAAAGUUUGGAAGGUUGAAAUGAAAAAAAGUAAAUAAUAUUAUGCAAUGAAAGAAAUGUCAAAAGCUAAAAUAAUUGCUAAAAGAAGUGUUAAUUCUGUUAUGAAUGAACGUAAUCUUUUGGCUUAAUUCAAACAUCCAUUUUUAAUUAAUAUGAAUUAUUGUUUUUAAGAUAGAGACAAUCUUUAUCUAGUUAUGGAUUUAUUGACAGGAGGUGAUCUUAGAUAUCAUAUUGGAAAAAUGAGAAGAUUUAAAGAACAUUAAACUAAAUUCUUUAUUGCUUGUGUUUUACUAUCAUUAGAAUUCUUACAUAAUAAUAAUAUUAUUCAUAGAGAUUUAAAACCAGAAAAUAUUGUAUUAGAUAAAUAAGGAUAUGCAAGAUUGACUGAUUUAGGAAUUGCAAGAGUAUGGAAAUAAGAGAAUUCUCAAGAUACAAGUGGAACACCUGGAUAUAUGGGUAAUAAUAUAUCAUUAGUAUUUAUUGAUUAGCACCUGAAGUAAUGUGUAGAUAGAAUCAUACAAUAGCAGUUGAUUAUUUUGCAUUAGGAAUUAUGGGUUAUGAAUUUAUGUUAGGAAGGAGACCUUAUAAUGGAAGAUCAAGACAAGAAAUUCGUGAUUAAAUUUUAACCAGAUAAGUAUAAAUUAAAAAAUCUGAAAUUCCUGAUGAUUGGUCAGUGGAGGCAGCAGAUUUUAUUAAUAAACUAAUCUAGAGAAAACCUGCAAAUAGACUUGGAUUUAAAGGACCUGAUGAAGUUAAAAAUCAUCCUUGGCUUCGUAGUUAUCCAUGGCAAAAACUUUUAAAUAAAGAAAUAGAGUCUCCUUACAUUCCUAAAGUAAAAUUUUAAUAUUAAGAAGUAAAUUGAUGAUAAUGUAGAAUAUUUGAAUUAAAUUAGUGAAGAUAAUGAUAGUUAAGAUGAAUUGAUAAAAGAAAAUAAGCUUUUAUUAAAAAAGAAUUCAGUUCAAAAUUUAUUUAGUGGAUAUAGUUAUGAAUUUAAUUCAAAAUAAACUAAGAGUACAUCUAGUACUCUUUUUUUUGGAUGA